AUCGCUUCUCUGAUGUAAUUUCGCCAUCUAGCGAUGAAACAUGGUGAAAGCCAGAGACCAAUGCGUCAUCGAGCUGCGCGGAAGAAGCACGAGGAGCGAGUUUGUGGACGAAGAUUCACUGGAGAAGAGCAGAAAUAGAAACAUGGCAGCAGCAAGAACAGUAACUCAGGGGCCAGAAACUGCGCUUGCUCAGCGACUCGCCGCCAACGAGAAGUCUGUUAGGACUAAAGCCUUAAAGACUCUAAGGAAGUACAUUAAUUUGCGUUCUCAGAAAGAAGGAGGUGGUUUCACAUGUGAAGAUUUAAUGAAAAUAUGGAAAGGACUUUUCUACUGCUUGUGGAUGCAAGACAAACCACUUCUGCAGGAGGAACUUUCACAAAGAAUAUCUGGCCUGAUCCAUUGCUUCCACACAGCUGACCACCAGCUGCUGUACUUUGAAACCUUUCUUCAGACUCUGAAGAGGGAGUGGAAUGGCAUUGAUAGACUUCGCAUGGAUAAGUUCUACCAGCUGGUCCGUUUUGUGUUCAGAAAGGCCUUUGAAGUUCUCAAGAGGAGAGCAUGGGACACCAGUCUGGUAAAUCGGUUUUUAGAGGUGUUUACAGUGCAGCUUUUACAAAGCACUGGACAUGUUCCAGAUGGCCUGAUGUUUCAUGUCCUCGAGCUGUACAUGACCGAAUUAGCUUGGGUUGGUGCUGCAGAGCUAACAGCAGAACAGAACUUGACUUUCAUUGGCCCUUUCUGCAAGACCAUGGCCAAAACCAAAGAUCGCUCAGUCUUGACUUCCAUCUCCAAAAACAUCUUCUCCACCAUUGUGGACCAUGCUUCCUAUGCUGUGGAGGACCUGAUAAAGGAGUUGAAUUGUGGAGAAGAUACAGACUCUGGCCAGGCUUCUGAGGAUGAAGAGGAAAGUGUAGAAGAUGAACCAAAUAGCAGUGUGUUCAAGAAAGCUAAAGGGAAAAAAGUCGAUGAUGUCUCAGAUGCAGAGGAGAGUGAGGGCAGUGAAGAUGAACUUCUGGAUUUGGAUAAUAUAGAUCCUAAGGAAAAGCUGAGUGAUGAUGACAUUGGACCUGUUUUGCAGUUUGACUACAGCGCUCUAGCCGAUCGACUUUUUGAGCUGGGCAGUCACACGAAUACACCAAACCUCAAUCGAGCCAAAAUGUACAGGCUAGUGAAAAUAUUCAGCGACUUAAGUGAAGGUUUCUUCCCGCAGGAUGAUGUAGUUGUGCGAAAGGAAAACAAAAAGAAGAGACGAUACAAUGCUGAGGCAGCUGAGGAAGAAUCUGCUGCCAAAAAGCUCAAAGCUUGUGAAGAUGUGCAGAAGAGGGAACCAGAACAGGAUGAUGCAACAAAUGAUGGCAGAAGAAUAACUAGAAAGAAGAAAGAAAAACAGAAACAUGAAGGGCAAACUGCACAAGUCCAGACAGAAACAAACAUGCACAUAUCACAGACUGCAGUAGAGACUCCACUGAAGGCAGGAGGAACCCCAGAAAAGAACGGAACAGGAACAGCUGUUACAGUGUCUGGGGUUGUUGUAGAUCUGGAGAGCCAGUCCCUGGUUAUGGACAACAAGCCACGCUCUCAAAGCGAAAUGACGGCCAGUGCCAGGAAAAAACGGAAAAUUAAAAACCUGAAGUCAGAAUUCCAAGAAAUUGUGGAGGAAAUAGCUGCUGAACAUGAGGAUGCUGACAAAAAAUGCCACACAAACACUGAGAUCACAAAGUGCCCUGGUCCUGAUGAACUGGAGGCACAAACAAAUCUUAGUGGAAGGACAAAAAGUGGAAAGAAAGAUAAAAGAAAUAAUGGUGAGGAGCCAAGCCCAAGCCAGUGCAUGUUGAUAAAUGUCUUACACAUGGAAGACAUCAGUACUUCUGCUUCAGCAAAGAAGCCGAAGAGUGCAACAGUACAUGAAAAAAUUGCAGCUGAAAUUGGACCAGAUGUUAGAACAUUGGAUGAGAAGCCAAAAAAUUCCAGUUCGUCACUUGUUGAAACAACUCUUGCUGAGUACCCUGAAGGUGGCAUUUUGAAGAAAAAGAAAAGGCAGAAGAUAAAGAAGGCUACAGAGGAAGAAGACAAAGCAGGCAUAGAUGAUGUAAAAAAUAUUGAAAAAGUACCGAAGGAAAGAAAUGCACCCAUUGAAACAGUGGAUAAUGCUUCAGCCACCAUAAUCGUUGAUGCAACUAAUACAGAAGAGCAGAGGUCAGCUGCUUCUACAAUUAAGAAAAAGAAGAGCAAGAAGCAAAAACUGAAAGAAAUUUCUGUAGAAAUCAACCAGGUUGACCUAGAGGUCAAAGAACCUGAGGUGCCUAAAGAUCCCACAGGUGAAGGUCAAACCUCUGAGGCCAAGGCACUGGAGAAAGAAAAGAAAAAAAACAAACGGGAGUCAUCAAAGAAGCAACUUGAUGCUGAAGCUGAGGUAGAGGCUGCUUGUAGAGUGCCAUCUGUGCUGAAGAAAAAGAAAACCCAGAAAAAACAAAAAAUGCAGUUGGUGGAUCUGACGGUAUAUGUGAAUGAAGAAUGUCAAUCUGUAGAAGCCACAGAGGAACCAGAGUUGAAGAAGAAGAGGAAACAGAAGCCGAAAGCUGCAGCAGAAAAUGGCUGUAGUCCUACCACUCCACUGAAAAAGUGUAAAAAGAAAAGGAAUAUGCAGACAGAAGAAACAUCUCAGGAAAAUGAACACACUGUAAAGGUUCCUGAGAUUGCAGCUUCUGUAAUGCCCAAAAAGAAGCUAAAGAUGAAGAAUGCCUCCUCCAAAUCUGACUUUGCCUUCUUUCAGGGUCAAAUAAAAACCCCCUCUCCACUCUUCUGUAAAGUUAAAUCUAAAGGCAGCCCCAGUACACCUUUGUCCACCAUCAAGACAUUCCAGAUUUCAAAGUCAGAAACUAAAAAAGUUACCUUUGGACUCAAGAACAACAAAACAACUGAAUUCAGGAAGACGGAUCGUAGUUUGUUGGUGAGUCCUGUCGGAUCAUCCCGUGUGGCAUUUGACCCUAAAAAAACACCAAUUUGCAGUGUGCUUAAGUCACCUGCUUCCUCUCCAUCUGUCAGUGUGAAAAAACUCACAGCCAAGAGAAGACCGACAGCAGCAGAUUUCUUCUAAGAACAGAGAACUUUUGAAUCUCUUUAUGCUACAUUUAUAUUGCAUUGCUGUUUUGGUUGAGGAAUGUUAUUUGAAGGCUCAUGUUGAAAAUGUCUGUGAUUGUCAAUCAACUGUUCUGAUUUAUUAUUAUUAUUAUUUGUCAGUAAUGCCCCCGUGACCCUGAAGGAGAAGCGGCUUAGAAAAUGGAUGGAGUAAUGUCAGUGCAUUUGGUGGUAUUGUCUGUUUUAAAGUCAUCUGAUCUAAACAGGUGUUAUUUUUAGUGCAUUGUAUGAAAGGUUUUCUGAACACAGGUGAGGCCUAGAGUUAGGCCUAGAGUUAGAUGCAACAAACCAUCUCUAUCAACAUCAUGUAUCUUGUAACUUUUUUAGGAGUAGGAAAAAAUGUCCUUAACAUUUUAAAUGCAGGUUAAUGGAACAAGAUUUGUUUAAAGCAAUUUUUGGAGCAUUUGUUGUUCCAUUUUUCAUGAAAUUUAAAACUGGCUGUAAAAGUAAAAGGCAACUGGCAUUUUCAAUUACAAAAAUGGAGGUACAGUGUUUUGUACGGAUGACAAUUAUUGAUUUGAUAAUAUUCUAUAAAUGUAAUAGUUAAAGCAUUUGAAUAAAUUAAACAUUUACUACUUUUAUGAACUCUGGCACCGCAGAUUGCACCUGUCAUUAAAUCUGGUGUGGCUGUGUGUGCUUUGUUCACAGAGCAAAAAGUUCUCUUUAAAAAAAAAAAGAAAAAAAAAAGGUAUGGUUUCUGCUCUUCUUGAUAUUUGAAGAGGAAAAGUUUACUGCAGGCUUAAUCCAUCCCAUACUGUUCAAUGUGAGUACCACCCUGUUUUUAAGAUUAAGUUUAUGAAUUAGGUUUUAUAAUUGUGUGUUUUGUGAGUUUGGUGAAGUAAGAGUUCACUACGCUGGACACAAUUAUCCAGAGCAUUGUCAUUAAUCGUAGUCAGAGGGAAGUAAAGGUUGCGUAAGGUAGCCUAAAAUGUGUUUUUGUUAUAGCAGAGAAUUAAACCCAAGUCUCCAACAUACAGGACUACACUGUGACUACAGAGUUCUAUUACUUCUAUGUCUGCAGAUAUAGGAAAAGCAUUUAAUUGGUGUAGAGCAGCGGUCACCAGUCUUAUCCGUAACGAGUAAAUCAUUAAAAUCAAGGAGAAGCACACCUGAUUCCACUUGUUUAAUCAACUGCUUUCUUGAAAUUGCUGAUUAAUUCUAUUAGAUACACCUAUGUAUUUAGAAUGAAAAGUUGUGGAAACACCUGCUCCUUCUGGACAAGACAUGAUUCUAAUUAAAAAACUGAAGCUGAUACAAAACAAAACCGCUAAACACAGAGAAAGGUACAAUCUUUUAUUAAAUAUUAAGGCCUCAUAAAUGGAAGCGUUAACCUGAGUUGGCCAGGGCUGCAACUGACCAAAAAGUCACAAUUUUAUACUUCUGGGUAAGGGGGACUUGCACCUGGCUCCCCAUUGGCCCUCCUAAUUAAGUCAUCUCUUUUUUGAUUUUCCAGUUGUCUUCUGAGAAAAUUCCCACCAAUGUUUCCAAACCCCAAAAGUAACAUUUUAAACUAGCUGCAGGCCAAAGAGACCAAGGCCACUAUCGACCUUACAACUUGGUCUCUAUAUAUGCAUGUUUUCUCCCUUGGAGACAUCUCAGUACUGAUAAGGAAUAAGCAGAUACCUUUAUUACUGAUAAAAAAAAAAACAAGCAGGUGUUGUUAAUACUGAUAAAUGAUAAGCAGGUGUCAUCACAGGCGUGUGCCUCCCCUGGGAAAAACUUGGCACACAUCACUCAUCACCUGCAACAUUCUCAAUCAUAAUACUGGCAUUAUUAUGAUUAAUAAAACUUUCAGUGCAGUUGGGUUCUAAUUAUGCAAGCCCAGUUAGCUAUCUUAUGGGUUUUCACUGGGCUCCCCAUGAGAAAGCAUUAGCCUUGCAUGUGCAAGCCCAAGUUAUUCCUGUAACUCCCCAUGGGUUGUUGUUGGGGCUUGUAUGGGCUAUCCAUGAAUCUAGUUGGGUUUUAAAUCAAACAAAAUAUUUGGGUGUACUUUUGUGUGAAUUUUUAUAAACAUCAUUAAAUAUAUUAAGACAACAUUUUUAGUAUUUUUACAUGACUGAAGUUUUCAACUAAUCUGAACAACGGGAACUGUUUAUGGGAAGAGAGAGAGGAGGGGAAAAACGGAGUUUCCCUCUUGCACCUUUUUCUCCCCCGCCCACUGCCGAUGAACCAUCACCUUAAGAGUGAACAUUUACAGUUGUUUUCUGUGUGAUUUACUAUUUCUAAAAAUAAAUUAAUCUUGUUUGCAAUAUUACAUGAAACCUAGCAAUAAAAGAUUAUUUUGAAAAAA